CAUAUUCAUCAAACUCUCACACCAACACAAUACAGCACAACACAAAGUUCUUCAGCCCACUCUCUCAAUCACAUAGUUCUCCCAUAUCAUCAUUCACAGUGAGCAGGAAAACAAAAGGGUAAUGGGAGCUUCAGCAGCAGGAAUGAUUCAGCUGGGAAUUUCUCUCGUCGCGGUCUGUUUGCUUGCUAUGGCUGAGCCAGGGCAUGCUGCAACCAGGCACUACACGUUCGAUAUCAACCUGCAAAAUGUGACCCGGCUCUGCCACACCAAGAGCAUGGUGACAGUAAAUGGGCAGUUCCCAGGUCCCAAGAUUGUGGCAAGAGAAGGUGAUCGUCUCCUAAUCAAAGUCGUCAACCAUGUCCAGAACAACAUGUCCAUCCAUUGGCAUGGGAUCCGGCAGCUAAGGAGCGGGUGGGCGGAUGGACCUGCAUACAUAACCCAAUGCCCGAUUCAGACCGGUCAGAGUUAUGUAUACAACUACACCAUUGUUGGCCAGAGAGGAACCCUAUGGUGGCAUGCACACAUCUCAUGGCUCAGGUCAACUGUUUAUGGUCCCAUCAUCAUCCUCCCCAAGCUUGGUGUCCCUUACCCAUUCCAGAAGCCUUACAAAGAAGUUCCCAUCCUGUUUGGAGAGUGGUUUAAUGCUGAUACUGAAGCAAUCAUCAAUCAGGCCACGAUAACAGGUGGAGGCCCAAAUGUCUCUGAUGCGUACACCAUUAAUGGACUUCCAGGCCCAUUAUACAACUGCUCCGCCAAAGAUACGUUCAAACUGAAUGUGAAACCGGACAAAACCUAUAUGUUGCGACUAAUCAACGCUGCUCUCAAUGACGAGCUCUUCUUCAGCAUCGCAAACCACAGCCUCACCGUUGUUGAUGCCGAUGCAGUCUACGUCAAGCCUUUCUCCACCGAUGUCCUACUCAUUGCCCCCGGUCAAACCUACAACGUCCUGCUCAAAACGAAAUCGGUUCACCCCAACGCCACAUUUUUCAUGGCCGCCAGGCCAUACGUGACCGGACAGGGUACUUUCGACAACUCAAGCGUUGCCGGAAUCCUCGAAUACGAACAUACAUCACACGUCAAAACCCUCCCGGUUUUCAAACCAACCCUACCCGCACUAAACGAUACCGCAUAUGCGACAAAAUUCUCCAACAAGCUGCGUAGCUUGGGAAGCAAGCAAUUUCCUGCCAAUGUUCCACAGAAGGUUGACAAACAAUUCUUUUUCACCGUGGGCCUAGGAACCAACCCAUGCCCGAAGAACCAAACCUGCCAAGGGCCCACUAACACGACCAAGUUUGCAGCAUCGAUCAACAACGUCUCGUUUGUCAUGCCGACAAAUGCUCUGCUUCAGUCGCAUUACACGGGACAAUCGAACGGUGUCUAUUCUCCUUACUUCCCGAUCAGUCCUCUGAUUCCGUUCAACUACACCGGAACCCCGCCGAACAACACGAUGGUGAGCAACGGUACGAAGUUGACGGUGUUGCCGUUCAAUACUAGCGUGGAGCUGAUAAUGCAGGACACCAGCAUUCUGGGGGCAGAGAGUCACCCGCUUCACUUGCACGGGUUCAAUUUCUUUGUUGUGGGGCAAGGAUUUGGCAACUUUGAUAAAGCCAAAGACCCGGCCAAGUUCAAUCUGGUUGAUCCGGUUGAGAGGAAUACUGUUGGGGUUCCUUCGGGUGGGUGGGUCGCUAUCCGGUUCCUGGCUGACAACCCAGGGGUGUGGUUCAUGCACUGUCAUCUGGAAGUUCAUACGAGCUGGGGAUUGAAGAUGGCUUGGGUGGUUUUGGAUGGAAAGCUUCCCAACCAGAAGGUUCUCCCGCCACCUGCUGAUCUGCCCAAGUGCUGAGAAAUCAAUUUAUGUGCCCGGUUCAUACGAGCACAUUCCCGACCACAAGCUGAUCUUUCUCUUUUGUUUGAUUUCGUUGAUUUUUGUAACUUCGGUUUGAUUCUAUUUUCUUAACGAGAGCCAAUCUUGAAUAACCUGUAACUACCCGAUUAAUGACGAGGGAUAGAAGAGACAGGAUGAAAUUUCAGGACGGAGAUAUGACAUAUGAGGAUUCGGAGAGACUAAGAGAUAUUGUACUGAUGAAUGUUAUUUAUUAUUGUAUUUUGGGAAGAUUCAAUGGCAAAAGUGAGAUUUUUUCUAUUAGGCUUAAGUUCCAUUAAUGAUUUCACUUUAGAAAAUUGCG